GCAAUUCAAGCUUAUUGCGCUAGAGUCUUCUACGCCUAUAACAGCACAAGCAGUGGCAGCUCUUAAGGGCCACACAUGGCCUCUUUCCCCUUCAACACUCUGCAGCCAAAACACCACCUCUCCACAACUCUCUGUAAGUAUCCAUUAUCGCUAAAUACUCUGAAUUUCCACUGUUCUUUUCAUUUUCUUACUUUCUAUCCUUUCGAGCACAAGCCAUCUUUUGUACGUAGAGCAAGUGGUAAUGAUAUCAACAUAAAGACAAAGUUAUCAACUGCAAACCAUGAAAAUCCCACAAAAACCAAGAAUUUAAGAAUUAGGAAAUCUUCAAGUACUGUAGAUGAAAGGGUAGGGAGAAAAUUUGUGAAUAACCUUGUUGAAUCAGUAAUAGAGGAAAGUAUUGAUGAGAGGUUUACGAAGAAUAGAAAUGGAAGAAAGGACAUGGGUUUUAGAAAAAGGAGGGAUAUUGACUCGGGGGAUUUGUCUACAAGGUUUAGAGAUGGAAAUAAAAAGAGAGAAGCUUUGGAAAUUAUGGACCUUCAGGCAAUUAAUGGUAAAAAACUGGAGAAGAAAACCAAAAAAAAUGCUGAUAAUCAGGUGAAAGAGAAGAAAAUUGCAAAAGGGUCCAAAGAAAACAAACCUGAUUCAGUAGAAGUAAAAUUCCGACUGGAUUUGGAUAUGUGCUCCAAGAAAGGAGACGUAAUGGGCGCAAUUCAGUUAUAUGAUUUAGCUCUGAAAGAAGGAAUCAAGAUGGAACAGUACCAUCAUGCUGUACUUCUGUAUCUUUGUUCCUCUGCUGCUGUUGGUGUUGUUCAACCUGCAAAAAGUGGGAGAGGAGGUCGAGCUUCGAAUGCGUUAGAGUUGUCUAAUGAAGUUACUAAUGUAAGGGUGGUGGAUUUGAGUGAAGUAAGAGACAAUAAUGCUAGGAAUAAUCCAGUUACUGAAUCACGCACUCGUGUUUCCAACGAUGGUGUUGCAAAUCUGGGAAGUUCAGAAAAAAUGGAGUUAAGUUCUAGUAGUGGGUUUAAUGAUUUAGAUAACAAUUUCAAGGAGGAGAACUCGAACCAAACUUCUAAUGUUAUUAGUAAGCCAAAUUCUCAACAUGUGGAUGGAGUAAAUUUUUGUAGAAAGGGUAAUGAUGGUGAUAAUCAUGAGGACCAUGAAAUUCAGGCAGAUGAAGAUAUCAAGAAGUAUGCACUUAGGAGGGGAUUUGAGAUCUAUGAGAAGAUGUGUACGGAUGAGGUCCCAGUGAAUGAAGCAACCUUAACAGCUGUGGCUAGAAUGGCAAUGUCAAUGGGUAAUGGUGAUAUGGCCUUUGAUAUGGUGAAGCGAAUGAAACCACUGGGGUUAAAUCCUAGAUUGAGGUCCUAUGGUCCAGCUCUUUCUACUUUUUGCAAUAAUGGAGAUGUUGAUAAAGCAUUUGCUGUAGAAAAACACAUGUUGGAGCAUGGUGUCCACCCAGAAGAGCCUGAACUGGAGGCACUCUUAAGAGUAAGUGUAGAAGCUGGUAAAGGUGAUAAAGUUUAUUAUUUGUUGCAUAAAUUGAGAACGACUGUGAGAAAGAUCCCUCCCUGUACUGCAGAUAUAGUUGUUAGAUGGUUUAAGAGCAAGGCAGCUUCAAGGGUAGGAAAAACAAAAUGGAACAAGAGAGUUAUUAAAGAGGCAAUUGAAAAUGGGGGUGGAGGAUGGCAUGGGCGGGGCUGGUUGGGUAAAGGAAAGUGGAACGUUUCAUUUACAUCUAUUGGACCUGAUGCAUUUUGUAGAUGUUGUGGGGAAAAAUUGGCCACCAUUGACCUUGAUCCUGCAGAGACACAGAAUUUUGCUGAAUCUGUUGCUUCAAUUGCCAUAAAGAGAGAGAAAAAUUCAAGCUUUGAAAAGUUUCAAAAAUGGCUCAACUAUUAUGGACCUUUUGAAGCAGUGAUAGAUGGAGCAAACGUAGGUCUUUUGAGCGAGAAGAUAUUCAUUCCAUCCAAGAUCAAUGCGAUCGCUAAUGGAAUACGCCAGCAGCUUCCUUCAAAAAGAUGGCCACUUAUUGUUCUGCACAACAGGCGUGUCUCUGGACACAAUAUGAAUGAACCAGCAAAUAAGGCAUUGAUUGAAAAAUGGAAAAAUGCUGAUGCUCUGUAUGCAACGCCUACUGGGUCAAAUGAUGAUUGGUACUGGUUGUAUGCAGCCAUAAAGUUCAAGUGCUUACUUGUGACCAAUGAUGAGAUGCGAGAUCAUACCUUUCAACUUCUAGGAAAUGACUUCUUCCCUAAAUGGAAAGAAAGGCACCAAGUACAUUUCAAUUUUUCUGAUGUUGGCCCAGUUUUUCACAUGCCUCCUUGCUUCUCUGUGGUAAUUCAGGAAUCAGAGAGAGGCAACUGGCAUAUUCCAAUUGCAACAGAUGAUGAUUAUGAACCAGAAAGAAAUUGGUUAUGCAUUACACGUGCCAACUCAUCUGUGGCUAGGCAUGAUUCUAUGACCACCAGAACUGAAGAUUCACAAUCUGUGGACCAUAGCAAUGAUAAGCAAGCUAUGUCGCCUAUGCAAAAUAGUCUCAAGGAAAAGCAAGAAUACAAUCAAUGCAGCCUAGAAGUUUUGUCAAACUCACCUCAAGCAGUCUACAAGAAUCUCAGGAAUGUGCUGUUAGCAUCUGGAUUCACUGAGCGUCGCACAAUCCUACAGGAAAUUGAGGCAGCAGAGAAGCUUGGUGGCUGUGUAAUUGACUUUCAGAUAUGAUGCUAAAAGUUCUCUUAUCCAGGACUUCAAAUGACACACCUGAAAAGCUAUCUUUGAAAUGGAAUACCCAUGUACAUUUGUGUAGCACAUGUUAUUGGCUGCACUCCGGAAAAUUUUUCUUCAGGGUGCUCUUGGUUAGCUAAUUUUCUCGCCAUUCAAAGGUCGAUUUUUCAGUUAAUUUCUUGAAUCACCCUUUGGAAUGUACUCCCAAGUAAUCAUAUGGGCGAGGACAGUCCUAAGAUGCUGGUUGCGGCGUUGUAUAUUACAUGUUUCCGAUUUUUUUUUUUAAAGCAAUUCUUUUUAUUCA